CCUUGGAAAAAUCAAAGCAGAGAAAAGAGAUUCUCUGGACCUAAAUUUCGGUAUUUUAUUUAUCAAUUUGAUAUUUUUUUCUUCAUUUCUGCAACCAGGUUCGUUUCUCAUUAUCGUUACUGCAAAUCCAAUAGAAAUUAUCGUAAUUCAACACCAAAACUAAAAAAAAAAACCUUUUUAUCUAUACAACUGAUCUUUAAUUUCUCUUCUUCUUUUUUUUUCUGGGGUUAAUUUGCUUUUUUUUAGUCGUAUUUGAAAAAGCCCCAGGGUUUAAAAUUAUUGUAGCUCUGGGUUUCUUUUGGGGGUGUUAAUGGAUAUGGAAUUGGUGGAAAAGGCAUUGACUUUUUCACGUAGGAAGAAAAAAUGGCUUAUUUUGUUAGCUAUAUGUGGUGUUUCUGGUUAUGGGGUUUACAAGGUGUAUAAUUUACCUUCUUUAGUGAAGAAAAGGAAGAGACUUUUAAAGCUGUUUGGAGCUUUGGUUUCUUUAGCUGAAAUGGUCUCUGAAUCAGCAGAGACCAUUAAUAUUGUCUGUAAGGACUUAAGGGAGUUUUUACAAUCUGAAUCUGAUCAAAUUCCUAAUAGUUUGAAACAGAUUUCAAAGAUUGUGAGAUCAGAUGAGUUUUCCCAAUCUUUUAUUAGGGUUAAUGAGGGUUUAACAAUUGGAGUUUUGAGAGGGUAUAAGUUAGAAUCAAGGAAUGAGAGUGAAUUAGGAAAGGGUAUUAUGGAGAAUUCUAGCUUGACUGAUAAGGUAUUGGAUAGGGUUUUUUCUAAUGCUGGGACUGGUUUUGUAUCUGUUGUUGUUGGUAGCUUUGCUAAAAAUCUAGUUAUGGGGUUUUAUUCAAGUGGUGGUGAAAUUGAUGGUGAGUCAUCUGAUGUGCCUAAAUGGGUUAAUUUGCUUUAUGAUGAUAAGUCUAAAGAGUUAAUGGCUGAGUUUAUACAAAGAUUUGUAAGCACGGCUGUUGCGGUUUAUCUUGACAAGACGAUGGAUAUUAAUACUUAUGAUGAAAUGUUUGCUGGGAUGACCAAUCCGAAGCAUGAACACAAUGUGAGAGACAUUUUGGUUUCUGUUUGUAAUGGUGCUGUGGAAACGUUGGUGAGAACGUCGCAUCAAGUGCUGACAAAUUCGAGAUCGGAUACUUGUUCCAUUGUAGAACAGAGUGAGAACACCAAGGAAGAAGCAUCUUUAAAAGGAGUGAAAGAGGGCAAGGGGAGCUCAUUUGAUAAGGUCUCGUCGACGUUGGCAGUUCCUAGCAAUAGGAAGUUUGUGGUUGAUGUGACUGGGAGGGUGACUUUUGGAACGAUAAAAACCAUAAUGGAGUUUCUGGUAUGGAAGCUUUUAGAGGGUAUGAAAAGAAGCAUUCAUGUUGUUCGUGAUGAGGUUGUGGAAAGAGGACUUGAUGUUAUCAGAUAUGUCGGUGCAAAGUCUUCCAUAAUUGUCACCAUUUGUGUCUCGCUUUACUUACAUAUCGUUGGUGGUAGCAGGGUUCUCUUGCAGGCUUGAAUGGGUUUGUUCUCUCUUCUCAUGGAACUACAAUGAAAUCUUAAUAAAGUUGCCUUCAAUGUAUAUAUAUGUCUCUCCUGCAAAUAAAAUGUAUUAACUAGGGUCAUUUUAGCUUUAGGAAAAUACUGAAAUUCCUCCAAAUUUAUUGAAUUAUUCAAAUGUAUACUCGAUAUUCUUAUGCUGUAUGUAUACCACAAUUAUGGUAAUUGUUGUUCCACAAAGUUGAGUCAUUUAGAAAUCAAAGUUGCAGAGGAUGUUCACACUA